UUUUCCGUCUCCCUUUAGCAAGUGUAAGAACGAACGGGCAUAGUCAGUGCUGGAAUUUGUUAGAGAAAGAAAAAACAAUAAUAAAUAUUUUUCUUUCAUUCCAAACAAAAGAUUACUGCACAUAAAAACACGUCAGUGGUAGAGGGAAUCUGGUUCGGGCUAAAUCAAUUACAAACCUACUUUGAUUCCAAAUCUAAACAUUUGUUGUGAGACAGUCCAGCCAAAGCUGAUUUUUUGGUGUUGUCUUGUUGCGUAAAAGAACUGGCGUCGCACACUUCUGUGUUGAAAAACGCGUCUUAAAAUUAUAAAUAAAAGGUCAACGUUAAAUAAAAAAAUUUAUUGUGGGUUCAAGUGACUUGCAGGCGCGAUGGAAGACCUCACCAAGAACAUAAUCUUUACAAAUGCUAUUAAUGGGCAACCAGCUACAAUCCAGUACCAGACCGCGGAUGGCACAAUUCUUAAGCAGCCUAAAAUUGAAGGCCAAAAAGCGGAGCAGCAGCCCACCUUCUAUUACACGACAAAUGGCAAUGGCGGCACCGUCAAUCUUGCGCAGCUGGCCACCACGGAUGACAAUAAGACAUGCUACAUAGCCCAGCCAGUGGGCGGCUACAAUUACGCCCUGGUAAAUGGUAUGCCUCUCAAUCAGGGCGCAGCACUGGGCAUUGCCACGGUAGACGCACAAGGCCGUAUCCAGAUCGUUAACCAGAACAAACCGAUUGCAGCUAACACAAUAUCUAACAUUAGCUUCAAGUGUGACGUAUGCUCGGAUAUGUUUCCACACCUGGCCCUGCUCAAUGCCCACAAGCGAAUGCAUACAGAGGGGGAGCAGCAACAGCAGCAACAACAACACAACUCCCAGCAAGCAAGCAGCGACUCUAUAGCCGUGGUAAGCGCCCAGGGUCUAGUACAGACACAGAAUAUCAUUGGCAAUGGCCAAAUGGGGCAGAUACAGAUAGUGUCUUCUGACACGCUGGAGCCAGUGCAGCAAGCAGUAAUGCAGCAGCAGCAACACGAUUCAAAGGCAAGCAAGUGUAUGAACUGCGGCAGUCCCAUACUUCAACAGUCCAAACGCAAAGGUCCUAAGCAGGUGCGUUGCGAAUCCUGCAUGCAGGCAGAACAAGCGGCUCAACAACAACAACAGCUCUUUGUGGCGCAAGACGGUCAAAUGGCUCAUCCCGUGCAGAUCAUAUCAACUACACCUCAGGCACAAGCACAGCUGCAGCAAAUUGUGGCCGCACAGACAGGAGGUACGACGCCCAAACGGGAAGCGAACAGUGGAUCGGGCCAUCACCCAGUUAAAAAACGAAAUUCUCAGCAGAUGACCAAGUGCCAAAAGUGCAAUGGCUCAGGCGUUGUGCUGGUGGGCCAGCACUCACACGCCGGUCACAGUGGAGCUGCCGGAUCGAUAAAGCAAUCGGUUACUGUCAAAACUGAGUGUUCGUCCUGCAGGAAUCCGUCGAAACCCUUCAGUUGCAAUAUAUGUGGUGGUCUGUUCUCACGUUAUUCAAGUCUGUGGUCACACAAAAAACUACACAGCGGCGAAAAGAACUACAAGUGCAGCAUCUGCGGAUUGGCCUUUGCGAAGGCCGUUUAUUUGAAAAACCACGCACGUAUUCACACAGGCGAAAAGCCUUAUAAAUGUCAAACAUGCGGCAUGCAGUUCUCACAGUCGCCCCAUCUUAAGAACCAUGAACGCACGCAUAGCGGCGAACGACCCUACGUCUGCGGGGUGUGCGAUAAAGGAUUCGCGCGACACGCUACCCUUUGGAACCAUCGGCGUAUCCACACGGGCGAGAAACCGUACAAGUGUGAAAUUUGCGGUUCGGCUUUCUCUCAAGCAGCGCACCUGAAGAACCACGCUAAGGUACACUCUGGGGAGAAGCCCUAUAAGUGCGAAAUUUGCUCGGCAGCGUUUGCUGAUCGUUUCGCGCUUAAACGCCACCGCGGUAUACACCAAAAGUACGGCCAAACAGCGCCCCGUCAUACCAGUAGCGAUGGAAUGAUAGUGCACAAGCAGGAAAUUCCAGACAUGGAUGACGAAGCUCAACAGGAGGUGAUUAUUGGAGGAUUAUAGAUAACACUAACGAAAUCAAAUGCGAAAGCGGUUGGUUCGACCGAGCAGCUGCUGACGUCGAACUAUGACAUUGGAGCUUACCAUUCUCAGCCGUUUCUUGAAGGCUAUUAUCAGUUGCCACCAGCGCCUAUGCCAUCCCCAGAUCCAAUUCGGAAGACGAUUUUCUCUCCUCAGAAAUAUUAAAGGAUGGACGAUGCUCUAUCGCUAACACUAGAAACUAUGCAUCGCAUAUUUUUUUUACUACAUCUUUCCUGUAGGCUCUAUAAAAAUGAGCGAAAUCCAAACACGCUUUUUAAGUUACACAAACGAAGGAACAUAAUUUAUUUGGUAGCUGUAAAAAAUACCUAAACUUUCAUAUAAAUAUUAAACGCAAAUAUGUAUAGGCAUAGUAACUUUAAGUGUUAUAGACUAUUUCCUUAUGCAAAUUAUAGGUGUAAUUAAAUGGAUUUGUAAGAGGGAGGGCAUGAUGGUGAGCCGAGGGAAUCUGCAUAGGAAUGCGAAUAUAUAUAUGUAUAUGCGUUCAAUAUAAAAUUAUUUUUAAGAUAACAUUUAUUUAACUUCAUUUUAUGUGCAUCUAGGUAAGUAUUAAAUAUUACACAAAUCAAAUAAAUAUCUGAAUAAAAUGACAA